AUGCUGGAAACUCCAGACCCAUCACCGAAUGUCACUCCAGCCUUCAAGGCUGAAAAUGAGGUGUUUGCUCCAAAAUCAUCCACUAUCAUUUCCCCAAAUCAGUUCGCGUUUGUUAGGCUUCCAUCUGAAGGUAUGAAGAUAGUUGAACUUAAGCCAGGCGGAAUCAUUAACUUAGGUAAAUUUGGUGCAUUUGCUGUAGACGGUGUGCUUGGAUAUCCGUUUGGUCAAACAUUCGAGAUUCUCGACGAUAAUCAAGUCACUCCAAUUGAGAGUAUUACCUAUGAGGCAGAUAUAAGUGAAGAUGUGGAAUUGAGCGAAGGAGGAGCUGAAGCUGCGGGACCAGAGUUGACCAAGGACGAGUUGACCAAACUUUUCACCAAUUCUUCUGAAAACAAUCAGAACAUUAUAAAUAUCGGUUCAAGCAUUCAAAAAUUGAGUUCUGAAGAAAUUGAUCUGUUGAAGAAGUCUGGUGCAUCUUCUGACUUUGGACAGAAGAUCAUAGAACAAAUCAUUGCUGGCCAUGCUGGUUUCGAUAAGAAGACCAUAUUCUCUCAACAAAAAUAUUUGAAACGUAAGCAGCAGAAAUUCUUGAGGAGAUUUACCAUGGAAUACUUGGGUUCAUCACAAUUAUUGAAAUAUUACAUAGAGAAGGACUCUCAAAGGGUGCUCGACAUGAGCGAGGAAACCUUGGGGUUGUUGUUGAACUACGCCAAUGUGAGACAAGGUGGUAGAUAUUUAUUGGUAGAUGAAACUGGUGGUGUGGUCCUAUAUGCAAUGAUGGAAAGAAUGAAGGGCCAGGGUACGAUUGUAGUUGCCCAUGACAACGAGCAUCCAAAUCAUAUAGCAUUAAGGUAUUCUAAUUACCAGCCAUCUAUGGUCGAAGACAUGGUUAAGCCAAUAAAUUGGUUGCAGUUUAUGGAGCCUGAAAACGAAAGAAUAGAUUGGGUCACGGCUACAGAAGAUGAGUUGAAUGAUAUGAAAUUUGCCAAGAGGCAACAGUACGAACGUCGUAGCAAAAGAGCUCAGGAAGUGAACUCGGUCAUUGAUCAAGUAACUACUGGUAAUUUUGACGCGGUAAUAGUUGUUAGCACAUUGAAUUUACCCUCCUUGGUACCUCAUUUGAUAGGAACUGUUGGUGGAUCUCGUCCAAUUGUCUUGUAUCAUCAGUAUAAAGAGUCCCUUUUAGAUACUCAGCACAGCCUCUCAAAUGAUAAGAGAGUUUUAGCUCCAAGUAUAUUUGAAACUAGGGUAAGACCACAUCAAACUAUUCCUGGCAGAAUGCAUCCGGUUAUGUCCAUGAGAGGGUUCGGAGGGUACAUUUUAUGGGCCACCAGAGUAUUCCCCAAGGAAGGUGGUGUUACAGCAGUAGGAAGAGGAGUUUCAAAGAAGAAGAAGGAUGAAGAAGCAAAAGUAGAAGAAAAGGACGUUGUGAUGGAAGAAGCGAAGGACGAUAAAGCAUAA